AUGCUCGUUGAAUCUGUGCUGGAGUCCUUUUCUCUACAGAGGGUUCUGGGAGGCUUGGUAGGGCUAUUAGCCGUAGCGACUCUCGCCUACACCCUCUACAAUCGAUUCAUUCACCCGCUCCGUCGUAUCAACGGCCCCAUCCUCGCAUCUAUUACACCCUGGGUCCAGCUCUACCAUGGCCUGAAGGGCGACCGCCAUCUCUGGUUGCACAAGCUGCACAGUCAGUACGGUACACACGUGCGUGUUGCGCCUAAUUUCGUCUCUGUCAACUCUGACCGUGGGUUGCAUGAUAUCUAUGGGCAUGGGAAACACCUUCAGAAGGCCAAAUUCUACAAUGCUUUCCCUGCUAUCAAGGGCGUGUAUAAUACACACAACGCUAUUGAUAAAACCAUGCAUGGGCGCAAGAGAAGAGUGCUUAGCCAGGCUUUCUCGGAUAACGCUCUCAAAGGUAUGGAGGAUGUGAUGCUCCUCCAUGUGCGUCAGCUGUGUGCCGUACUAGCUGGGUAUGAUGGGGAUUUCGAAUCGCAUGAUCAGAAGGGCAAUGUCAAGAACAUGGGUGACUGGUUUAGUUAUCUCUCGUACGAUGUCAUGGGCGAGCUCUGCUUCGGGAAAAGCUUUGAUAUGCUUAUUUCUGAGACUCUGAGAUAUAAAGUUGGGUUGGUGGAUCGUGCUGCGAACAGGCACUAUGUGUGUGGACUUUGGAUGCCUCUGGACACAUGGGGUCUGGACCAGAUAGUCAUCCGCAAGCUGACGCGCGACCGAUGGAACUUCAUUAUGAACUCACGUGUUGAAGCCAACGAGCGCGCCAAGGAGCGUACCCAGAUUGGUCGGGACGCUAAAAAGGACUUCUUUUAUUAUCUGUUGAACGCGAAGGACCCGGAGACCGGAAAUGGACUCAGCACGCCGGAGCUUUGGGGCGAGUCAAACGUUCUCAUGAUUGCGGGCAGCGAUACAACCUCGACUACACUGGCGGCCACACUCUUCUACCUAGUUCGGAGACCAGAUGCACUGGCCAAGCUGUGCGCCGAGGUUCGCGGUGCCUUCAACGAAGUCGAAGACAUCAUUACCGGCAGCUAUCUCGGCGAACUGGUGUAUCUCAAAGCAUGUAUCGACGAGGCGUUGCGUCUGGCCCCAGCCGUGCCCGGUGCCAUUCCCCGCGAAGUGAUGGAAGGCGGCGCUGUAGUCGACGGCGUUUUCUUACCCGCCGGCACAGACUGCGGCACGCCAACAUACUCCAUCCACCGCCAAGAGCGGUACUACCGGGAAGCAGGGGUCUUUAUGCCGGAGCGCUGGAUUGAGGACGCCACCUGCACGGCCUCUGGAGUGUCCUGGCAGACGACCAAGGAGAGCAUUGAGACUGCACGGCACGCAUUUUGUCCGUUUAGCAUUGGACCCCGUGGAUGUAUUGGCAAGAGCAUGGCUUUUAUGGAGAUGCGGCUGACACUGGCGCGGCUGGUGUUCCUCUUUGACAUGUCAUUGGCGGAUCGUCAGGGCGAAGACGCGGGGCACCUGGCGCUGACGGAUCAUUUUACCUCCGCAAAGAAUGGACCGAAUGUUGCGACCAUUUUGAAUGCCAUCUCCAACGUCCUCGCGCAGCUGAUUGAUCAGCGCAACAACAAAGCUCCAUUCACUCUAAACACACCGGCUCUCCUCCAAUUUCUGGGCUAUGGCGUCUUAAUUGUGGCUCCCAAUUUCUAUUGGCAACGCGCCCUUGAAGCGCGUUAUCCAGGGUUUCCUACGCGUUCUGAGCUCUCAAGUGCAUUCAGUAUUCGAUCGCUGAAAUCCAUCUUCUCACCGCGCUCAUGGCUUUCCCUCUUUUCAAGAUCUCGCCAGGAUGAUUCCCUCCCUAGCCACAAGGAGAAAGAGAAGCAUGUCCGAUGGGCUCCACAAACGCAGACAUCCGGGCUGCGCAGCUUCGUCAUGAAAUUCUUCUUUGAUCAGACCGCUGCCUCGAUUGUAAAUCUUGUACUAUUCGUGGUUCUCAUCAAUCUGCUGAAGGGAGAGACUCUGGCAAAGUCGUGGAAUUUGGUUGUUUUGGAUUUCCGGCCUCUCAUGAGUGCCCGUCUGAAGUAUCGGCCUGUUGUUUCGGUCUUAAUGUACACAGUCAUUCCUGUAGAUCGACGAGUGGUCUUUGGAAGUGCAUGUGGGGUGAUCUGGGAAACCCUCAUGUCUAAGGGUGCUUCUGAUGAUACUAAGACAACGAGCCACAGAAGCAGCAACAAAUCAGCACCAAGGGAUCAUGUCAAAUUAGAUGUUGCCAUCAUCUUCAUCUCACAUCUGAUACUCACCGUGUAUUUUGGUGAACUAAUUGUAAACAAUGUCUGCCCGGGUAUCCUUGCAACUGAAGUCGACAACAACACAUCAGCCUCGUCCAAGCAUGGGACACUGUGGUCCGAUUCAUCCCACAAACCCUGA